AUAUCUAAAUGUUCAUUUUACCUUUUCGUCAAAUUGCUUUUUUUUUAACAAGACUUUAAAAAUUCGAAAAAAAAUCCAGGUUUUGAUCAAAUGCAAAUCCAUUAAAUUUUAGUGAGAAAAAAAUCUAAAAGAUGUAUUGAUAAAGUAAUUUAAAAAAACUUGCACAAAUAGCUAAAAAAAUGUCAUGGUUGAACAGGAAAUAUGUGUUACUAUAUAAGAUACAAUAUCUCAGGAAUGUAUGAUGGAUUAACAUCAGUGCUUUUAAAAAAAGAGGCGGAAGAUAUCGAUGGGACGACAACAAUCUGAAUUUAUUUCAAAAUCAUAUUUAAGCAUUUAUGGGUAUUUAAAAGCAUCCUUGUCGACAUAAUAACAUAGAUGACUAAAAACUGAAAUUGUCAAGAUUUGAGUAUUCAUCCAAAAAUAUAAAAAAAAGAACCCCAAAACUCGCAUACUCUUCAUUUUAAGAAUGAAUUGUCAGCAUUCUCCAGACUUUUGGGUUUAUCGUAGUUUAUAUGAUGUUGUUUUGACAUUGGUUGUUGUUUUGGAGCUAAUAGUUAAAGAUCUAUGGAAACAUUUUAGCCAACAAAUGCGUACUACGAUUUUUGUACAACAGUAUAGUAUUAUCUUUCUCAAGUACAUCCAUUCAAAAUACCAUCUUUCAAGGACAAAAGAAAGUCAUGAUACACUAAAUACAACCCAGACGUUAGACAGGUCACAUUAAUAGGUUAAGAAGUUUUAAAAAGAUAGAAAGAAUACCAAGAGGGUAGUCUAAAAGCUUAAGUCGAAGAAAGACUGACAAUACCAUUGCCACAGAGACAAACAACAGUGUCUACAAACAUUAUAUAGAAAACUUAACAUUGAGCAACAUGAGCACCACCAAUAACCGGGAGUCAACUCACCUGAUAUGAUGGAAGGGUUAACAGUUGUUGCUCCACUUGUUACACUUGGUGUGAUGCUAAUGACAUUUAAAAAAAUGCUUUGUUUUGUUAAGUUUUUUUUUUUCUUUUUCUUUUUUUUUCCUCAUUAACGAAUACACCACAUUUCCUUCCAUUCAUGUAUGCCUGAAGAUCAAUUAACCGAGUUCUUGAAAUAUGUUGUCGAAAAUGAGUGGGCAAAUCAAGCUUUUUAAUAUCUAUAUUGCUGUGUUAUGACAAUUGGUGCAGUUAUCAACAAAUUGUGUUUUUUUUUCCUCGACCGAGGACAAGACUAACGACAAGUUGAACAACAGACCCUUGGUAUAUUAUUUAAACAUGCUUAUAAAAGAGAGGCUUGGUAUACGUUUACGAUUUAUUUUGGGAAUAAAUAAUAAGAAAUAGUACUGUAAAGAAGUCGAGAAAGGUUUGCCUAUGAAUCUAUUUACCAAAUGGUCCGCCAGAGAAAUCGUGCUGGCAUAAUAAAAUGAUACAUAUUGGGUAAAUAAACUAAAGUAUGUAAUUAUACUAAAACUACGCCGGUACAACUACCCGAGUCAAAGGUUAUUCCGGAAAAAAACAACGUGCGUCCUACUGAACACGAUAAAAGUUCAAAUAUCUAUUUCAUAAAAAAAGAUAUUAUUUACAAAGUGUUCAUUUAAAUCCUGUAUUGUCUAACUGUCAUUUUCAUUCACCAAGAUCGUUUUAACAAAAGGCAUUAUGUUCGCAUGUUCUAAUUUACAAUGUUGCAUGAAAUAUACACUAAAUUUUUUUUUUAAGUCACAUAUAUGAUCUGAAUUGUUUUUAACAAUAGGAAAAUGGAAACUUUUACAGUUUUCAACAUUCAAAAUAUUUUUGGAAUAUCCCUUGAAAUUUCAGUCUUAUUCAGUUGAUAGAAAUUCUGAGGUUCAAUACCCAUCAUGGACUUCAGUUGCCGCAUACACCGUGAACAAGUGUAUUUAUUCUACUGUACUGAUCAUGAUGUUCCCUGUUGUUCGGAGUGCAAGCGAGUUUCACACAAGCCUACAUGUAACAUGCAAGUUAUGGACCCUUACACAAACGAAAAAGAUAUCGGUAUCAAAAUGGCCGAUAUUCUGAAACGUAUGAAUAAAACUAACACUCUUUUAGAUGAAUUGUAUAAAGACUUCUAUAAAAGUAGGAAACAUCUAUUGAAGCAGAAGGACAAAUUUGAAAUUGAUUUACAGCAGUUUAGAAAGCAAAUCGAUGCAUACAUUGACGAAGCUGAAAAUAAAGUUAGGGAGCAUUUCCAUGACCUGUACAAUCAGGAAACGGAGGUACUAAAACAAAGAGAAGUUGGUGUAUUGCGUAAAAGGGAUAGUUUAUCUGAAUGGGUAAAAAAUGUCGAGGAAAUGGCCAGAAAAGAAUCGAGUUUACAGUCGUACGUUUACUUGUCAAAGAUUAACAAUUCUUUCAAGGUUAUUGAAAAACAUGCAUCUAAGAUAGAAAGAAAGUUUGAAAAUGUAACUUUGAAGUUCAGCAUAUCCAACGAUUUUCAAGACUUUUUGAAAGGACUUAAACUUGCAUACACUCAAGUGAAACGUACAACCACUGCACAAGAGUCAGAACCUAGUACCGCUUUCCCCAAAACAGACAAAGCAAACCAUGUCCAAGAAAAAGACCAAAGUCUGCAAAAGGUUGGCGAAUUUAGUAUUUCCAACGAUACAGAUUUUCAUUCCUCUUCAGACAUUAAACUUUUGCAAAGUGGAGAUAUCGUUGUCACUAAUUUAAACAAUCGUAAAUUAGUAGUUUACGAUCAAAACGGUUUAGAAAAAGUAGAAAUGGAACUUUCCCAUAAUCCUUUAUACCUUGCUACUUUGCCAGAUGAUUUGAUUGCCAUGACCUUGGCCAAUGAAAGAAAACUUGUAAUUCUAGAUUUAAAAGAACGAAAGGUUCAUAGACAAAUAAAACUAGAUGACGAAUGUCAUGGGAUCGCACAAACAGGACAUCGUCUUAUUCUAAACGGUAAACUCAAGGGUUUGUUAGUAUUAAAUUCUGAUUUUGAAGUUGAAAAUAUUAUUCCCGACAUAACUGGAAAACAUAUUCUGUGUGGAAGAUCAGACGGAACAGUUGUAGGAGGAACCUUGCACUGUAACAAUAUUUAUUGCAUAGACAUACGCGGAGUAAAACUGUUUGAAAUUUCACCACCAGGACUAGAAUAUCUCAAUGGAAUCUCUGUUUUCAAUGCAGGGGACAUUUAUACUACAGGUUUCCUGUCAAAUACAUUACACAGAAUUGACAGUAAAGGAGAACACAGCUGCGUUGUAUUGAAUAAAGACGAUGGAAUAAAUCUUCCGCGCUCUAUCUGUUCCUGUAAUUCUACCAAGUCUAUAAUGAUUGUGAACAAUGAUGGACGAUUAAUUGUUACUUACAGUUUGAAGUAAGGCAAACGUGGGCCUGUUUUUGUACUUACGUGUUAAUCAUUCUGGGAUUAACAUUAGUGCUUUGCAUAAAGUUUGGUAACAAGUUGAACUAAUGGUUUGACAUGAAAUAUCAUAGUACUUCAUAUACUAUAAUACACAAAAAUGAAUUUAAGUCCAUAUAAAUUGUUCAAGAAGCUUGGGUCUCUAAAUUUAAAAACAAAUAAAAAGUUUAAAAUACAUUAUUUUGCCAUGUUUACAGGGGAUUAAUAGUGUAAUUAGGGGGGGGGGGGGGGGUCUUUUCUGUUUGUGUCCUCCAAGUAUGCAGUAGUUCAUUGGAAGACAAUUUUCUAAUUUUGGUAGAAUAUAAGAAUUAUACCACUCAUAUCAGAAUGGUUGACAUCUAUGUGAUUUUUUUAAAUUAUGUAUAUCAAUUGCAUGUUGAAAAUUACGACACACAGUUGUAUGUAUCCAUCCAGGGAUUUGAACAUAACUUCAUUCAAAAUGUGUUUUUGUUGGAAAACUAAAAUAAAUGUGAAGGAAAAAUUCAAAGUACGACAAUUUAAUAAUUCCAUGUACCCGAAAAUAUGUUCAUUCAAUAUAGUUUAUUAGUUUG